CUUGUCAACUUCUCCAAGGAUACGGAAAUGGCGAAGGAUUUGAAGCGAAAAUUCAAAAUGUAUGUCAUUGUAUUUCCUCCAGCAAAUGUUUCUAUUAUCCAGGGAGUAGUACAAUACCCUGAUCCCUGGUACAAUCAGCUACAAGGGUUCAUAUCGGCGAUAUUGUAUCCCUGGAAGUUUUUGUCGCCCUCCAGUCAGAGCAUCUUAUUUGCUGGAAUACUUGAUCGCUGGCUUGACGUGUAAAUCUACUGAUUCAGUGGAGCAAGACAGCAGGCCAUGGACCCAGUGCUAUGGCUAAUUCUGAUCGGCGUGCUGGUGGUGCAGCUGCCCUUCGCUGCUGACAUCCUCUGCGGACUGUUUCCCCAGCUGGGUGUGAGGCGCAUGACCCAGAAGGCAGUGACGGCGAUCCUGGUGUUCUGCGUCACCAUGCUGUUCUUCCUGGCCAUGAAGCAGUUCUGCGAGAUGGUGGCGCCGCGCACCGACACCCCCAGUCUCCACUACGCUCUGGUGAUUUGGCUGUGGCUGAAUACGGUGUCGAACUACAUGGGAGCUGUGUUCGUCAAGUCAGACGCUGUGCUCGCAAAGCAGCAGACUUGUGAAUCACCUGACGAGUCUAGCAGUGAGCAGAGUGACUCAGAUCAGUCCAGUGUGAGUACCUGUUCAGAUGAAGAUAUGUCUGCAGCAGAUAAGCAGUAUGUUCCAAAUGAGGGAACAUCCACAACGAGGGGUUUCCCCCUGUCAGUGCGAUCACGAAUGGCCAACAACUCAGUCCCCGGCACAGAUUUAGAUUUGCCGGCAGUCGAAGAGUGCGACAGGUGCCGUCGACUCCGGUUUCCCGGCACGCAUCACUGCAGCGUGUGCGAUUGCUGCGUAACCAUGAUGGACCAUCACUGUCCGUUCACGCGCAACUGCGUGUCCAAGCACAACUUUGCGCACUUCUACCUGUUCCUGCUGUACUGCACGGCAGGGCUUGUGUACGCGGCAUGCAUGACCUACCGCGACUUCGAUGUGUGCUGGGUGUCCGAUGACUUUGAGCAGGCCGAGCAGCAGCUGCGCGAGGGCGGUGUCCGAGUGCACUGGACGUGUCGGCAGCUGGGCUCGCGCUCGCUAGUAUUUCUACCCGUGGUGGUGCUUGCUAUGAUGAUGUCAUCGUUCCUGCUCUUCCACAGCAUUCUGCUGUUCGUAUUCGACUCGACAACGGUGGACUUUUUCGGCCAGUGGCAGGGCUUUGCGGCAAGAGACCUGCAGCGCAUGGGGCGAGCGCUGCGGGAGCGGAACCGCUUUUUUGUGCCGUGUCGCCGCAAGCUUCUCUUCACGUGGCCGGCAUGGCAUUAUGUCGUGCCGUUCUGCGGGCAGUUUGGCGGUGUGCUGUUUGAGCGGCUAAAACACGACCUGCAUCCGAGUCAGUGGCGGCGGUCUCUGAACACCGAGUACUGAGCUAGUCAUUUCAAAUCUCAUACGACAGGUACUGUGGCCUAUUUGUAUCAGGGAGACAUAUCCACACAGGCACCUUUCCCCGCUGUUAGGGACCCAUUUCCCAGCUGUUAGGGGUACUUUUACCCGCUGUUAGGGCACAAUACCCGCUGUCGGGGGCACAAUACCCGUUGUCAGGGGCACAAUACCCGUUGUUGGGGGCAUUUUCACCUGUUGGUAGGUACGCUGCCACCUGUUUGCGUAGGUUCAUCUACUCGUGCGCCAUCACUAGGCACUUCACUUCAUAUUAUACAAUUGUUGGUCCAUUGUUUUGUGAACAGCAGUUGACCUGUGAAUGCAUCGUAUCCUGUAUGAUCUCUGGCACCUCAUUCUUUGGGCCGUUGAUUUAGUGUAUAGACCCCUGGCUGGGCCUAUCUUUAAAAGCUUUGGUAUCUAGAAGACUAGAUCACCAAUUCCUCUUUUAUCUUUUUACCAUAUCUCAGAGUUUUCCGGAUUUAUUUCAUACCCUCAUCUCAAGAACUGUUACGCUUAGCUAGCAGUGUCUUUACAUAUGCUUUAUCUUCGGACACCUCGCUGUUCGCUGUUUCGACCGUCUUGGUCCGAUUGACUUGCCGAAUCGA